AUAUUUAUGGAACACCCUGUAUAACUGCAGUUCUUCAAUAAUAUUAAAAAAUUGGAAACCCGAAUUGUUUGCGAUUUCCGAUGGCAUGCGCUCGAACCCAAGCAACGCAUUGUUUGUAUCGAGGGAGAAAAUCGAAACUGUUUGUGCUGGGGUCGCUUGAAAGUGCACAACAAUGGCAUCCGCAGACAUUCUGGACCUUUCAAAGUCACUGGAAAGCAGCGAAUUGCCAAACGACAUGCCAAACACCGAUCUGGAUAAAGCGCUAAAAUUUAAGAACGACCUGCGACUGACCACCCCGAAACCAGUCCUUCAUAUUGGAUCAUCCACAGAGUUUCGGCGACAGCCAUCCGCAGUGCCGAAGACUCCGUAUAAACCGAGAACAGGGUAUAGCAGGGCCGGGACUGGGUUCGUUCCGACGACCAAUUUUAAAAAGCCCGGUUCUGGAAAGCCGCUUACUGGAUUCAGGCCCCCCACUAGCCUGGAUGGGGUCAGCAGGCCCAUGACAGCCGUUAGGGGGGCUGGAUACACUUCAGGAGGCAGUAAGCCAUUCGACCCCCUCAACCAAGGGGCUAGCGUGCAAACGCCUCCUUUAGAAUUGCAGAAAGACGACUCGCCGGAGGAGAAAAUCAGACAACAAGAAAUGAAAAUAAUGCAGUUAGUGGAAGAAUCGUGCAUAGCACAGACCGCAGGCGACUCCAGAAUGGCGUUAACCAAAGCCAAGGAAGCUUCAUAUAAAGAAAGAAGCCUUAUACGCAUGCAAGAACAGAACGGACUAGGCGAGCACCAUAACAUCGAUUUGACUUAUGCGGUAUUGUUCAAUCUUGCAAACCAAUAUGCAGUGAACGAGCUCUACACUGAGGCACUAAACACAUAUCAGACCAUUACAAAGAAUCGAAUGUUUGCCAAUGCGUAUCGCCUCAAACUGAACAUGGGCAACAUUUACCUCAAACAGGGACACUACCAGAUGGCAGUGAAAAUGUAUCGGAUGGCUCUGGAUCAGGUGCCGUCCACCCAAAAAAACCUCAGGAUAAAAAUAAUGCACAACAUUGCCAUGGUGUUUGUAAAGAUGGGGCAAUGGGAGGAGGCUGUUAACAGUUUGGAGUUUAUCAUGAGCGAACAGCCGUGCCAUCGGGGAGGACUACAUUUGAUAGUUUGUUGCAGAGCGCUGGAAGAUCAGGACAGAAUGAGAACGGCAUUUUCGCUUCUACUGUCGGUGCCUUUGGACGUUGAAGAAGACGACAAGUAUAACUUAGAGCAGGAUAAUCCCGAAGACGCACUUCUUGCCACAGCCAUUCAGGAUGACCACUUGCACAAGUAUGAAGCGCUGAAGCGAAAGGAUGCUGAGUACUGCAUUCUCACAGCCGCCAAACUGAUCGCUCCUUUUGUAGAAGAUAGCUUGAAAGAAGGUUACGACUGGUGUGUGUCUGCAAUCAAGAGCUCAGAAUACGCCCAAUUGGCCGCAGAUUUGGAAAUAAACAAGGCCAUCAUGUUCUUGAAGCAAAAUCAACUCGCUGAAGCCAUUAGCACGUUGAAGACGUUUGAAAAAGAUACCGAUAUAGCAUUGAAUGCAGCUACCAAUCUAAGUUUUAUAUAUUAUUUGCAAGGCGAUUACGAUACAGCUCUGAGAUACAGCGAAACAGUGGAACAAUGCAAAAUGCCAACUGCUGAUGGCUUUGUAAACUAUGGGGCGUGUCUGAUAGCGACGGGACAACUGGACAGGGCCAUUCAGUGCUUUCGCAAAGCUCUGGACUUGAAUCCCGAUCAUUUUGAAGCAAUUUUCGAUUUGGGAUUAUGCUUGAAACGCCAGGGACACUACAUAGAAGCGCUGUCCUGUUUUCAACGGUUUUCCGGCUCCUUAGCCUUGCUUCCCGCUGUAGUUUGCCAAGUGGCCAGCUUGUUAGAGUUGGUGGGCGACUCUGAAGCUGCAGCUGACACUUAUCAGCAGCUGCUCGGAUUGACACCAACCGACGCCAAAGCUUUGCAGAAGUUGGGCGAAUUGUUCGACCAGGAGGGCGAUAAACAGCAGGCCCAUCAUUAUCACGUUGAUUCUUUCAGGUACUACCCGGGCAACUUAUCGGUAAUCGAGUGGUUGGGGUCGUACUAUAUCGAAAUGCAAGUGGUGGAAAAGGCUCUAAUUUACUUCGAGAAAGCGGCCUUGAUGCAACCUGGGGAACCAAAGUGGAAUAUGAUGGUGGCCGGAUGCCAUCGUCGCAGUGGAAAUAUGCACAAAGCCUUAACACUCUAUCAGGAAAUCCAUAGUCAGUUUCCUGAGAAUGCCGAGUGUCUGCGGUUCUUGGUGAGACUGUGCAGCGACCUGGGAAUGAGAGAGGCACAGGAUUAUCUCAUGGAGCUCAAGAAACUGGAAAAGUCCAAAGAAGUGAGAGAACGGGUGAACAGCAGCAGGCCAGGAUCCAGACGAAGCAAUAGCGGGUUGUCUUCGAGAGCAGGUUCGGGCUUUAGUCCAGUACCAGAGCACACAUCGACUCAAAGUCCACCUCCCCUGUCGGGUUCGAACAGCCGGAACCUGAGAAGUGUGAGGGAGAUACGCAAGCAAAACAGCGCCAGCAGCUCGGAUUCGGGAAUUGGACCAAAUAAUAUUGAUGUGAACUAUGCGGAUCCGCUAGGGCCUUUACCCAUUCGCCCCAGGACAGGAGCGGGAAAGCCUUUGGACUUUGAUGAUUUUGGAAAUGAGGAAUUGGGCGACGACUUGUUGCCCGAAUGAAAUAAUUAAACGCCUUUAUAUUUUAGUGACUUAGUGACUAGCAUACUACUUUUAAAGCUAAAUACUGUUGUGAAGCAAAAUAUUUUAUACAUUAGUUCAUUAAUAGAUAUCUAAGAAUUCAGGAAGGAUUCCAUAUAUUCAAAAUCGAACAAUUAGUAAAAUGUUUAAAA